CUUCCAAAGUUACAGAGAUGGAUAUGAUGAGAGAGAGAUUUUCAAAGUUGUUGCUUGGAGAAGACAUGUCAGGUUGUGGCAAAGGCGUUUGCACAGCGAUGACAAUUUCGAAUGCCAUUACCAAUCUCUGUGCUACCAUUUUUGGGCAACUAUGGAGACUGGAACCCUUGCCUGCUGAAAAGAAAUCAAUGUGGAAAAGAGAGAUGGAGUGGCUCAUUUGCGUUAGCGAUCACAUUGUCGAAUUGAUACCCUCUUGGCAAACAUUUCCUGAUGGGAAAAAGCUUGAGGUCAUGACUUGCAGGCCCCGAUCAGAUCUAUUUAUGAAUCUUCCAGGGCUGCGUAAGCUAGACAAUAUGCUUCUUGAAAUAUUAGAUAGUUUCACCAAUACGGAGUUCUGGUAUGUUGAUCAAGGAGUUAUAGCCCCGGAAGCAGAUGGCUCAGCCUCUUUUCGCAAAACAGUCCAGCGGCAGGAGGAGAAGUGGUGGCUACCUGUACCUCGCGUGGCAGCUGAUGGUCUAAGUGAAAAUUCAAGAAAGCAGUUGCAUCACACGCGGGAAUGCACAAAUCAAAUACUAAAAGCUGCAAUGGCUAUCAACAGCAUUACUCUUGCAGAGAUGGAAGUUCCAGAGUCAUACAUGGAAACUCUUCCAAAGAAUGGAAAGGCCUGUCUUGGGGACAUAAUUUACCGAUAUAUUACAUCAGACAAAUUCUCCCCAGAGAUUUUGCUUGACUGCCUUGACCUGUCCAGCGAACAUAUUGCUCUAGAGAUUGCAAACCGUGUUGAAGCAUCAAUAUUUGUCUGGCGUAGAAGAACUCACUCAAAGCCCCCACCUUAUCCAAACCGCUCCUCCGCAAAGUCAUCUUGGGAGAUGGUCAAGGACCUAGUGAUCGAUGUGGAUAAGCGAGAAUUACUGGCAGAAAGAGCUGAAAGCCUCCUGCUUUCCUUGAAGCAGCGGUUUCCUUGUCUUACUCAAACUAUCUUGGACACGAGCAAGAUUCAGUGCAAUAAGGAUGUUGGAAAGUCCAUUCUUGAAAGCUAUUCAAGAGUUUUGGAGAGCCUGGCAUUUAACAUUGUGGCUCGUAUUGAUGAUUUACUAUAUGUGGACGACUUGGCAAAACAGACAGAUAAACUGUCAUCAGUUACCGCGGUCAGUGUAAUUUCUCGCAAGAAGGGCCCGGUUUCAUAUCCAGUGCCUCCCUCAAGCACUCCUCGCAAAAGAGCUUCUGCCAUAGGCAACUUAUCACCUGCACCUUUAAUUAGCCCUGCAAGGGGAGAGAGGACUCCCUUUCUCCACACCAAUACCAACAAGGACAAGCCUCCCCGCCGCGGCUUUGGAGUGAGGAGAGUCUUGACAAAUUACCUUGGUGGUGAAACAAAAGCAAGAAUCUGCAGCGACACAAUGGAAGGGUCAGUUUCGAUACCAAACUUACACGGCACAGAAACUUCGGAUCAUCUUAUGGACUCCUCGUCCCACCAAAAUGGGAGAAAAUCAAACUAAGCAGAUCGCUGAGGUUUGGCGUAUUAAAUUAUGGUCUUCUCUUGAAGUGGUUGAGGCAAGAAGUGGAAAGAAAAGAUAGAAAUAGACAGAAAAUCUCUUGCUGGAACCAAGUAUUGAUCAUGCCUUAUGAGAGUUGGGGGAGUUUAAUGUAUUUGUUAAAGUUCCUGGUUAUUUAGAUGUUGGUUUGGAUUUGAAAUGUAGCUAAAAGGAUAAAAAAUAGAGACACAUUAGAUUGGUUGUUUAAACUUCUGCAGAUAGAAUAUAGAUAUGAGAUUGCUUGUUCAAAUUUUCAAUAAUGACCUCUUUUUA